GUUACCCAACGUGUGUCACACUUCCUUGUUUUAAAUAAAUGGCGAUAAACAGCUGUAAGUUCUGCCUUGUCUGUGUCAUACCGCUCCACGAAACAUCUGAUAGCAUGCCAGUGCGAGUUUAAAUAUUAAUGCGAGGGAGCUGCGUCAAGCGCGAGAUCUCCUCCUCCCCGAAGUGCGAGUCUCCGGCUCCCCCGCUCCAGGAUGCACGUUGGAACAGUCCCCAUCGCUGGGUGUGGAUCCGGAGCCGGCCAGAGACGGCAGCUAACAGGGGGAGAAAUCGGGCACAGCGGCCAAUAUGAGGUAAAGCUGUUCCAGGAGGAAACUGUCUCGGCGGAGAAAUAAAUAUCUUGGUCGACGGAGAAAGAGUGCAGGAGGAAUACGAGCGGGGAGUGGCGCUCGGACGAGGAGGAGCCGGGCAGCUCGGGCUGGAGCUGCUUCACCCCGCCGCCCGGAGGAACGAACUGCGGAGGAUCAACUGAACGGCAUGGAGUCAUUGGAGUGAAGCCGCCAGCUUUGUUUACUCCGAGCCGGAAACGCCGUUUUUCCACUGCACCUUUCUCGUGUGUCCGCGGCGGAACUCGUUAAAAUUAUUCUUUCUUUGUUUCCCUCCCCGAGAAGAUGCGCAAAAGCGGCCUUUUGUGAGCGAUUGCUACAACGUUGAUGCGGGACAACAGCGGGAGUUACCCAGUCAGUUAUUAUUUUUUUUCCCCCUUCUUAAAGUGAACACUUCUCUGUCGAUCCACUGAAAAAGGAAGAAGUAUCCAGCACAGAGAGCAAGUUGAUCGGCGCCUCUUAUUUCGGUAGACGUUGAAAUGCAACACAUUGCUGUGUCGUUCGGCUUCCACCAACCCGAUCGGCAGGGGCGUGCGCUCCGCACACACACACUUCGAGGCAUCGUCGCCUAAUCAAUGCAAAGUAAAAGCAAGCGCUUCUGUCCUUUUACCGUGAAUCAGCCGUCGGUGCUUUAAUUUUUCAGUGGUAUUUCGUGGACUUCUGGCGCGUGCCCGCCUAACAUUCAGCUCCGGAUAAAUUUUUGUGCCUGAAAGUACACUUGCACUGCAGCACUUUGCAUUGUGUUUUUGUGUGCACGUGUCCGUUUCCUCUUUCUUCGUCUCUCGACGUUGUCAGCGGAGCUGGGAGCUCGAGCCCAAAGGCCACCAGUGGACCUGUGCACACGGGCCGGUGAAGGGGGAAGGGCUCGCUCCGAUUGUCUUUGGUGCGUGUGUGUGUCGGAGGAGGACGGAUCGGAAGGAGCGUUUUUCUGUCUGAACACCUACUGUGGCUUCGCGGACUGACUGCUGCAGCACCUUGGGAUAAACAACGUCCGCGCACCAUCGCUCACGGUUAUUUUUUGCCCCAUUCGUUACCCUUAGGAUACAUAUACGGAUUUUAAUCUGCGCUGCUACUAUUUUUAGAAGAGAGUGAUGGGGUAAAUGUUGUAAGUUGGAAACUGAGACCCCCCUCCCAGCCCACCAACACUUCCAGGUUUAGCUUCAUUUCUGUCAUCAGCUGCUGGACUGUCCGGACUGGGGAAUCGAGAGGGGGUUCGGUGACUGCGAAGGUCUCUGCUGAACAGCCCCCCUCCCCCCCCACGCCCCCCUCGCCUGUAGACUGACAGCAACUGUGCUUCUUGGCCCGAAGGAAACCUUUCUCUAUCAUUGGACAGUAAUGCAUGAGCUCAUGCCUGUGAUAACUCAAGUAACCAAAUAAUUUCAUCCCUAUGAAUAUAGAGUAUAUCUUAUAGACAAAAAUAUCUAUAUAUAUAAAAUAUAUGGAAAUAUAUUUCAUAGUUUAGAUAAGCAUAAUAUAUUUUUACGUCUAAGCGUUGUUGCCUGAAACCCAGUUUAUUGCCUUAGAUAAAAGUAAACUGUAACAAAGGGAAUAAUACCAAGGACAGAAGUGGACCUUUUUGGAAACAAGUUUAUGGUGCCUUUUCUUUUACCGGCUCCUUCUGUCUUUCGCUUCAGGAUUGUGUUGUUAAUCAAGAAAUAUUUUUUGUGAGACAAAACUCAGACUUGUCCAUCUGCCUUUCCAGUUUCAACUUGAGUUGAUUAGCUGUUGGAUGUACGUUGCUGGAUCAGAGUCUAUGAAGAUUGCUGGCAAGGAUUAUCAUUACUUGAUUAAAACAAAACUUUUUCGGAAGGCAUUUUGUGGGCUUUUCUUCUAGGGGUUUUUUUUCCCUCCUUUUCUGUUUUUUGCUCAGUUUUUGGGACGCCACUGCCCAACACAAGAGUUUCCGAUGGUGAUCACUUCAACCGUGGAGGAGAAGCCACAGCCUUCUAACAGAAUGGUUGCAAAUUUACCGACCGAGUCCUGGAUUGGCAACCCGGAUCAGAGUCGGUACCUACCACAGUCUCAUCUGCUCCGGAAACCGUCACGAAGUGGAAGCAGCUCAGGAUGCAAUCCACCCUCCUCCUCCCUCUGCCAGCCUGCUGCCUUGGGCUUCUCCCCCGCUGAGCCAACCAUGUCGAGCCAGCACAGCCACCCCUCCUUCAGUAACAUCCACUCCAUGGCCGAACAGCAGCAGGUGCUGUCAGAUAUGACCAUACUGCAGAGGAGGAUUCCCCCAAGCUUUCGAGAUCCCGCCAGCGCCCCGCUGCGAAAACUUUCUGUCGAUCUCAUCAAGACUUACAAGCACAUCAAUGAGGUGUAUUAUACUAAGAAGAAGCGGCGCGCUCAGCAGGUUCCCCCCGAGGACUCUAGCACCAAAAAGGAGCGCAAGGUGUACAACGACGGCUAUGACGAUGACAACUAUGACUACAUCGUAAAAAAUGGGGAGAAGUGGUUGGACCGCUACGAGAUCGACUCGCUCAUCGGCAAGGGCUCCUUCGGGCAGGUGGUGAAAGCUUACGACCACCAUGAGCAGGAGUGGGUGGCCAUUAAGAUCAUCAAGAACAAGAAAGCCUUCCUGAACCAGGCUCAGAUUGAGCUGCGCCUGCUGGAGCUCAUGAACAAACACGACACUGAGAUGAAGUACUACAUUGUUCACCUGAAGAGACACUUCAUGUUCCGCAACCACCUUUGCCUGGUUUUUGAGCUUCUUUCCUAUAAUCUGUAUGACCUCCUGCGCAACACCAACUUCCGCGGCGUCUCUCUCAACUUGACGCGCAAGUUUGCCCAGCAACUGUGCACAGCGCUUCUCUUCCUGGCCACUCCAGAGCUCAGCAUCAUCCAUUGCGACCUCAAGCCAGAGAACAUCCUGCUCUGCAACCCCAAGCGUAGCGCCAUCAAGAUUGUGGACUUCGGGAGCUCCUGCCAGUUAGGCCAGCGGAUCUACCAGUACAUCCAGAGUCGAUUCUACCGAUCUCCGGAGGUGCUUCUGGGCAUGCCCUAUGACCUUGCCAUUGACAUGUGGUCCCUGGGCUGCAUCUUGGUGGAGAUGCACACAGGGGAGCCUCUCUUCAGUGGCUCCAAUGAGGUGGAUCAGAUGAAUAAGAUAGUGGAGGUGCUGGGUGUCCCUCCCAAUCACAUGCUGGACCAGGCCCCCAAAGCCCGCAAGUACUUUGAUAAGCUGUCUGACGGCCUCUGGACCGUCAAGAAGAACAAGGACAUAAAGAAGGUACUUUAUCCCUCAGCCUCCGAGUACAAACCUCCUGCCACUCGCCGGCUCCAUGAGAUCCUGGGGGUGGAGACAGGUGGCCCUGGUGGCCGGCGGGCUGGGGAGCAGGGCCACGCCCCCUGUGACUACCUAAAGUUCAAGGACCUGAUCCUGCGCAUGCUGGACUAUGACCCCAAGACGCGCAUCACCCCGUUCUAUGCGCUGCAGCACAACUUCUUCAAGAAGACGACAGAUGAGGGCACCAACACCAGCAGCUCUACUUCUACCAGCCCCGCCAUGGACCACAGCCACUCCACCUCCACUACCAGCUCUGUCUCCAGCUCGGGUGGCUCUAGCGGUUCUUCCAAUGACAACAGGAAUUACCGGUACAGCAACCGGUACUACAACAGCGCGGUAACUCAUACUGACUACGAAAUGCAAAGUCCACAGGCUCCCUCUCAGCAGCAGUUGCGGAUCUGGUCUGGAGGAGACGGGGGUCCCCUGUCCAACAGCGGAGAGCCCCCUUACCCCCAGCUCCUGCUGCACAAGCCAGCUGCUACCCAGCACUCCCGCCACUUCCUGUCUGGGGUGGGUAUGGGAGGCAUGAUGGAGCCACACCACCCACACCCCAUCUACGGGGGCCACCACAGCAACGGUCGGCAGCUCCGCCAGCAGCAGCAACAGAACCAGCCCCAGAACCAGGCGCAGUCAGGCCAGCCGGGUCAGCAGCUGAUGCCCGUUUCGUCCCCGCAGACGCAGGACAGCAUUGAGCUGAGCCUCACCCACCACCACCACCUGGGUCAGUCUUCCAUCAUGCCGCCCCAGAGCUUGGACUCCAGUCAGUACGGCUCCUCCAACCUUCACCUGGGCCUCUCUGCCUUUCGGACUAGGACAGUCAUGGCCCCCCAGCCCCCGCCCCCGCCACCCCCUACGGCCUCCCAGCAACAGUUGGCCCAGCCCCCUCCCUCUCAGGACAGCAUGGUAGCUGCCUCUGGGCUCGGGUACAUCCCCCCUUGUUACCCCGGCAGUAACAACAAUAACAACCCACCCCAAGGAAGUGUUGGGGUGGGGGGCAGCAUGUUAACCGGGGGGCCUCCACCCAGGGGAGUAGGGGGUGGGGGACGACCGGAUUCCGAGGAGUCGGCCAUGAUGGGUGUGUGUGGCAGUGGAGGGGGGGGCGGUCCCAAUGCGGCCAACUCUUGAUAAAUCUUGAACAAAUUCCAAAAGCCAUACAAUUUUAAAGAAACAUAACAAUGAAAACACAAACACAUACACAGACGUACAUACAUGGCCAGACAUACAGAUAUACAGAGACAAACUUGUGAAAUAUCAAAGGAAGUUUUUGUUUUGCAUGGGGAGAGGGUCAGGGGAGGGUAAAGGGGGAGGUUUUCACUUUUUGUUCCUUUUUCAGUUUAAUUUGUUUAAUUGAAGGGGAGGGAAAAGGGGGCUUAAGUAGAUGGAAUCGGAAGUUUUCAAAAGGUUUGUUUUUAUUUGUAUUUGAUUUUGUGAUUUCAGGACAGGUUUGCAGCGAGAUUUUUUUUUUUUUUUUGAAAGGGAGAGGAAUGGAUUGAAAAGUGGAAUUGUGAAGAGAGGACAGAGAAGUGUGAUUAAUACCCUUAUGCUAUUUUUUAUGUCAAUUUUUAUUUUUUCUUCUGGAGUCUAGGCAUUUUAAUUGUAAAUUGUUAAUUUAUUAAAAUUCACUACAUGCGGUAAAAUGUGGGAAUCAGAAGAG